GGGAGUUCUGUAGUUUUCACAGCUGUGAAUCUGUGCUUGAAUCCCAGUACAGAACAGGCUCUCACUCAUUAGGAUUUGACAAAAAUUUCAUGACUUAAGACUCUCCGAGCAAGGACCAGUUUCACAAAUUCUAAAUAAAGGCAACAGAAUCCAUCACAAGAAUCAUGUUGGGGAAAAAGCUGGUGACAUCACAGAAAAGAGGGGAGCCCAGGGCAGCCUGCCUGGGCUUUGGAAUGGUGGCUUGUUCAAUGAUUAUGUAUUGCUUCAUCCUGAUUGUCAUCGUUCCAUUAUACAGGAGGAGUGUCUGGACCAAAAGAGGUUUAUGCAAAGUGAUGAACACCAGCAUCUAUGAAAACGUCCAUUACCCAUUCAUUGAGGAUUCUGAGGAGAAUACUUUUCACUAUCCAUGUCUGGAAGUCCAGGUCAAUUUGACUCCACUGGGACAGGUGGUAAUGCUCUAUCACACAGAGAAGACCGUGUACAAAAACCCUAAGUGCUCCUACAUCCCCCCAGAUGGGGAGGAUUAUCGUGAAGCUCAAAAGUGUGUGGAAUCAAUAAGAGACAUGCUCAGAAAGCAGCCAACAUUUGAUUGCCAUUAUGAUCCAUCAAGAGAAGAAAAAAGUGCCAUUUUUGAGAGAUUAUAUCGUCCAGAACAUAUUAACUGUGCUUUUAUAUGGUCAACUUUAAUGUUGAUUGGUGGUGCCUUGAUUGUUAUUCUGGUGAAACUAAAUCAAUAUGUUGCUGUGCUUUCUACUUCGCAAAAACGAAUAGGUAGAUAGCAUGGUCCCAAUAUCGGCCUGUACUUUAUGUUUGCUUAUCUGUAUCUCAGGGAAGCUAGGUCCACUCUCUCAAGUUUAUACACUUAAGAUUAAGAAGACAUAUGAAAAACUCAAUAUGGUUCCCAGCUAAGAAUCCAUCAAAUCACAUUGCUUUAAGCACUAUUUGAGAGGCUUGUCCUCAAGUAUUUUGUUCAUGUUACUUGUUUAGAAUUAUGCUAUGGUCAGAUAUGUGGGAAAACACCUCGAUUUUAUUUUCAUGUGCAUGGUUAUACUGACUAUACAUAUUCUCAGAUCAUUUUAAUAAGCAGCGAUUGUCAUAAGCCAACUCAGCACAGAGUGAUUCAAACAGGCAUAGGCUUGAGUCCUCUGCAACACUAUCUGAAGGCUAGUUGAAAUUAAUAUCAAUUCCACAAGAAAACAAAGUAUUUCUCAAAAUUCUGAUACAGCAUCCUUUUUGCUGGGGGAAAUGCACAUGGGAUUUUUAUUUAUUUAUUUAUUACAUUUUAUAUCCCGUUCUUCCUCCAAGGAGCCCAGAGAGAUGUACUACAUGCUUAAGUUCCUCCUCACAACAACCCUGUGAAGUAGGUUAGGAUGAAAGACAAGUAACUGGCUCAGAGUCACCCAGCAAGUAUCAUGGCUGAAUGGGGAUUUGAACUCGGGUCUCCCCAGUCCUAGUCCAGCACUCUAACCACUACACCACCCUGGCUCUCAUAGGGUUAUGGCGCCAGGCAAGUGAUCAGUGAAAUAUCAAACUGAUCAUUUAUUAUUUGACACGUAUACCAAUGAAAUGCACCACUGUCAUCCAAUAUUAGAGUAGAAUUUAGUGGCCUACAUCCAGACUAGCUCUGCACUGGUACAGCAAUAUUAACUUCCAAAGGCUGCACCACUGUGGCAGGAGGGGAAGGGGUAAUUUUUGGCAAGCUUCCUUUUAUGCUAAGCCUACUCUGGUUUCAUGAAAUAUCCCUUAGAACUGGCUUUAGAGGAAAGGCGAUCACUGAAAAAAAUCACUCCUUCCAGUCAUGAAACAGCACUGCCUUUAUCUAGAAGUCAGUAAAGCUGGAUCUGCAUAGGCCUGUUCUGGAUGUCAAUCCAUGUCUACACAACCAUGAACACAGACACUUAUGGAGGGGAGGGCAUCCCCAGCUGACAAUAUUAGGGAUGUACAGAAGCCAAGGGAAGCACAGCCAAUUGUGGGAGCCAAACUUCCAACUUCCACCUGAGCCAGCAACUACAACAGGAGCUUUCAAGUGCCAUCUAGGAUAAUGCUGUGCAUCCAAGUGAUGUUCAAGGAAGCAACAUAGAUAUUCCUGCUGCUGUCCCUCUAUUCUGUCACCAUCACUGCAACAGUAGGCAGUUUUGUACAGACAGUCCAGUCAGCAAAAGCCUACCCACUGCAGCAGUGGAGACUAAGUCAGGCAAAAGAGCUCCCUUGGCAAAUCACUCAUUCCAUAUUGCGAAAAGCAGCUGAGAACAAGGCAGCAAGCCAAGCCAUGGAUAUCCAAGCAAUGGCUUAGACAGAAUUUUCAGAGGCUGCUGGGCAACAUGCUUACUGGACUUUUUACUCUUUAGGACUGGACUGAAUUUUUAUUUCACAAGAAGAUUUCAGAGGAAAAGUAGGGGGUUGUGGGGACAUUUUGUGCGCUGCUUGUCAUCUGUUCUCUCUCUGAUCUUCAGCCACAGCAGUGCACCAAUCUUUUUUAAACAUAUGGGCUUCCUCAGACAAUUCAAGCAAGUCAAGGAUUACACUGGGUACGUGUACGAUGUCAUCAUGAAACUCAUCAGAGCUGACUAUGUGGCAUCAUCAUGCAAUCAAAUCAGAAUGAAUGGGUGAACAUUUGCACCUUUUCACAUUUUACAGAUCCCACCUGAGGAGGGAACCAAUGUGGGGGAGGAACAGGAUUUCAUAAAAUGUGUUUUAGUUCACUCUUUUCCCCGAUAUGUUAGUACAAGAGCAUAUGAAUAGCUACCUAUGUGGUUUUUCUCUCUAUAUUUUUUUGCAAAGUAUUAGCCAGCGCUUAAAUAAAGCUGUUUCCCAAAAUGUU